AUUUAGACUCCCCACUCCACCAUUUUCUUCUCCCCAUCUUCGCGUGCCGACUCUUUCCAACUUGCCCUCCUCCUCCUCCCCCUCUUUGCUUCCUCUGCCCUUUCCUCCAUCCUUGACCUUUAAAACCCAUCUCCCUUAUAAACUCCACCACACACUCAUUCUUUCAUUCUCUCAACUCCACCAAACCAAAACCCAAAAGACAAAUCAAAGAGUCUAAGACCAAAGGAAACACCAACCAAGUGAGUAUCUCUGGUUUUUGAUGACAUCCCAACUGAGUACUACAAACCUUGAUCAUGUCCAACAUCCCCACUUCUCUCUCUGAAACCUGCUUAUCUCUCUCCCGACUUACCAUGUCCGAAGCAGACCCGUGGCCCUUUUCUUGAAACCUUUUCACUUCAAUCUAACCAAAACCCAUUUCUUCUUGUCACAACCCAAAAACUCAAAACACCCAAUUCCUCAAGUUUUCUUUACCGACUAUGACAAAAAUCAGAGGAUUCAAGCUCGGAAAACGACUCUGCCGGGUCACCCGAUGGUUCUUCCGGAAACCCACGACCCGACCCGGAUACCACCGUCUCAGCCGUCCGACUUCUUCAGCUCCGCCGUGCAAGUACAAGCCGAUCGCGAAGCUACUCACCUGGGGUCGCCAGCUGACGACCGGAGCAAAGUCUCUGUGUUGCAGCAGACCCGGGUCGGGUUAUAUGCAGCUGGGUCAGAACCCGGUUGAGGAAACCAAGCCGGUGACUGUCCCCAAGGGACACCUGGCGGUCUACGUGGGACAAAAAGACGGCGACUUUCACCGUGUUCUGGUGCCCGUGAUUUACUUCAACCACCCGCUAUUCGGUCAGCUUCUGAAAGAAGCCGAGCAAGAAUACGGGUUCGCCCACCCGGGUGGGAUCACCAUACCGUGCCCGAUUUCGGACUUUGAAAAAGUCAAGACCCGGAUCGCUGCCGGGUCGGGUCACCGGAGGUUGGCCUGGUAACGUACCGCGUGAAAACAUAUGGUGUGCCCUUAUGAUGACGAUGAUGAAAAAAUUGUUCCCGAUUGAUAGUGAUGUAGACCAAAUUUUGUGUAGUUUUAGUGGCCUUUACUUUUUAUUUGGUUACUUGUUUUGUGUAAUAGUUUUUGCUAGGUGUAUAUAAAUAUGAAACGAAUUUUUCAUUUGAUUGCUAGUGAUUUUGAGUUUUGUGGUUGAUGAAUGAUGAGGAGGAUGAUAAUGACAGUGAUUUGUUUUGGGG